CCAUUCAUAACAAGUACGAAAUCAAUUCUAUACGAACUACUCAUUCCACAAAAGACAAUGGAAGUAACACGAUUCAUGAUACCUUUUCUUCUUCUAGCAAUAUUGUCAACAACCUUUUUCUCCCUUGUAAAAGCUCAAAAUGUUUCUGAACCAGUGCUCGACGAUUCCGGUAAAGCUGUCCAAAAAGGAUCGAACUAUUACGUUUUACCGGUGGGUCGGGGAAACAACGGUGGACUUCAGGUGGGUUCCAUUAGGAACCAAAGUACUCUUGUUGUUAGCCAAAAUACUCAAUCUUCCAUUGGUGGUACCGUUCAAUUUUCACCUGUGGACCUGAACGAAAGUACCAUCAGAAUAUCGACUGAUCUGAACGUAAAAUUUACGUCUAUGGCAAUAUUUGGUUCGUCCGCAGUAUGGACAAUUAAUACUGAUUUAAUUCCACAAAGAUAUUUGGUGACGCUUGGUGGAGUUGAAGGAAAUCCAGGGCGUGACACCUUGAGCAAUUGGUUUAAGAUUGACAAGUACGAGGAUGCGUACAAGUUUGUGUAUUGUCCAGGAGUUUGCGAGACAUGUAGACCAUUUUGUGGAGACAUUGGAGUACUUAUUGAACCUAACAACAAAAGGGUUUUGUUUGUUGGUUCUGAUAAACCAUUGAAAGUUAAAUUUCAAUAUACCAAGUCGGGUAUCACCAUAACUAAUAAUACUAGUCCUCCAAGCCCCAGUGCCAGUAUCCCAGCCAAACUGCCAACCUUGCCCUUUAUUAAAGUUGUAAUGUGCGUUGUUAUUUGUUACCUCAUAAAUGUGAUGUGAAUUACAUGAAAUUGCACUAUAUA